AUUUCAGUUGAUCAAUUAUCAAGCUUCCGUUUUUAACAAUAUGGCCGCCAGUUGUUUAGGGUAAUGUGGCGUUCGAGAAAUCUGAGUGAAAUUGUUUCAAAAAACUUUGACGACGUAACGAUGUAUAAAGUUAUAAGUGUUUUAUAGCAGCGUUUCAUGAAAAAGCUGUAUUAAGGAUACUAUAAGUUUGUGAUAAAAUUUUGGAUGCAGAGAAAUUUCUUGAUAAAUUGGACAGUCAACAAACUUUGUUUGUUUCAAACGAGUGGAUGUAUGUAUUUCUUCGAAGAACACUUGAUUAUGAACCAUCAUUAUCUUUAUUGAAACUGUGACCAGAAGAUUUAGACAUUAGGUUAUGGCAAACUUGAAUUUCCAACAAGCUCCUAGAAGCCUAGCUAGUGGUGGCGUUGGUGGCCGAGUCGGCUCGAGCCUGGUCGGUGGAGUAUCGGGACAUGUGACUCCAACGUUCGGUGGGGCUCUGUCCCCGGGACGGGGCUCCACCGCGAUGCCGGGCGGAGCGCCACCCACUAUGGCGUCUCGAUCUACACUAUUCGGUCAGAGAGCAUUCGCCGACCGGAGGGUACCUAUACCUACACCACUUUCACAAGCCAAUUCAAAUUCUAUGUCAAGUAUGUCGAGCCUGUCGCGGUUCAACAGCAACUACCACUCUGUGUUCGGGGAGGGGGGCGACACGUCGACGCCGCCGCUGCUCGACCUCAGCGAGUUCCCGUCGCUGACGACGCGGGGGGCGGGGGAUCAGGCGCCCGCCGCCGCGCCGCCGCCGCCCGGCUCGAAACCUUACGUGGGCAUGGUGAAGCAGCCGACGUCCGAGCAGUCGGAGUUCACGAUGUCGUCGGAGGACUUCCCCGCGCUGCCGGGCACAUCGCACGGCGCGCCGCCGCCCCCCGCCGCCGACUACGACAAGCCGCGCAAGGGAAUACACACCGAGCACGAUGGCAAAGUAACGAACAUCCCGGAGACGAUGAUCCCCAACCAGUUCGGCAUCGUGGGUCUGCUGACGUUCAUCCGGGCGGCGGAGUCCGACCCCAGCCUGGUGUCGCUGGCGCUCGGCCAGGAUCUCACGGCGCUGGGACUGAACCUCAACUCGCCGGACAACCUCUACCUGACCUUCGCGGGACCCUGGGCGGAUACGCCCUGCAGACCACAAGAUAUGGACUAUCACGUGCCCCCCGAAUAUUUAAUAAAUGGAUCUAUAAAAGAGAAGCUGGCUCCUCUCCGACUGAAUCGAUAUAAAGAGGAUCUAUUGUUUUACUUAUUCUACUGUUUCGUGGGAGACGUCAUGCAGUUGCAAGCGGCAGCAGAAUUAUACAACCGCGAGUGGCGGUACCACACGGAGGAGAAGGUGUGGAUCUCGCAGGCGCCCGGCAUGCCGAUGGUGGAGAAGACGCAGACGUACGAGCGCGGCACAUACUACUUCUUCGACGCGCACAAUUGGCGCAAGGUGGCGAAGGAAUUCCACUUGGACUACAGCAAGCUGGAGGGGCGGCCGCAGCUGCCGCCGCACGCGAUGUCGUAGCGGCCCCGCCCCACGCCCCGCCCACUAGUUUUGUUAUAUAAAAAGUACAAGUUAUA